GCACCCGUCGGCUCCGGGAGCCUGGGGAGGGAGAGCGCGGGCGGGGGGAGCUGGAGCCGGGGGCCGCCGCCGCCGCCGCUGCUGAGGCUUCUGUCUCGCUCGCUCGCGCAGUGGCGGCAGCAGAGGUCGCGCACAGAUGCGGGUUAGACUGGCGGGGGGAGGAGGCGGAGGAGGGAAGGAAGCUGCAUGCAUGAGACCCACAGACUCUUGCAAGCCGGAUGCCCACUGUGGAUGAAAGAUGUAUCAUGGAAUGAACCCGAGCAAUGGAGAUGGAUUUCUAGAGCAGCAGCAGCAGCAGCAGCAGCCCCAAUCCCCCCAGAGACUCUUGGCUGUGAUCCUGUGGUUUCAGCUGGCGCUGUGCUUCGGCCCUGCACAGCUCACGGGUGGGUUCGAUGACCUUCAGGUGUGCGCGGACCCAGGCGUCCCCGAGAAUGGCUUCAGGACGCCCAACGGCGGGGUUUUCUUUGAGAGCUCUGUCACCCGAUUUCACUGCCAAGACGGAUUCAAGCUGAAGGGCUCUACAAAGAGACUGUGUAUGAAACAUCUGAACGGAACCCUAGGCUGGGUCCCGAGUGAUAAACCCGUCUGUGUGCAGGAAGAUUGCCGGAUCCCACAAAUCGAAGAUGCUGAGAUUCAUAACAAGACAUACAGACACGGAGAUAAACUAAUCAUCACGUGUCAUGAAGGCUUCAAGAUCCGUUACCCCGACCUAUACAACGUGGUUUCCUUAUGUCGCGAUGACGGAACGUGGGACAAUCUGCCCAUCUGUCAAGGCUGCCUGAGACCACUCGCUUCUUCGAAUGGCUACGUGAACAUCUCCGAGUUCCAGACCUCCUUCCCAGUGGGAACCGUGAUCUCCUAUCACUGCUUUCCCGGAUUCAAACUCGAGGGGUCGGAGUAUCUCGAGUGCUUACACAACCUUAUCUGGUCGUCCAGCCCACCCCGGUGCCUUGCUCUGGAAGUCUGCCCGCUACCUCCCAUGGUGAGCCACGGCGAUUUCGUCUGCCACCCGCGGCCUUGUGAGCGCUACAACCACGGGACUGUGGUGGAGUUUUACUGCGACCCCGGCUACAGCCUCACCAGUGAUUACAAGUACAUCACCUGCCAGUACGGGGAGUGGUUUCCCUCCUAUCAAGUCUACUGCAUCAAGUCGGAGCAAACGUGGCCUGGCACCCACGAGACCCUCCUGACCACGUGGAAGAUCGUGGCGUUCACGGCCACCAGCGUGCUGCUGGUGCUGCUGCUCGUCAUCCUGGCCAGGAUGUUCCAGACCAAGUUCAAGGCCCACUUUCCCCCCAGGUCAGGGGGCCCCCCCAGGAGUUCCAGCAGCGACCCCGACUUCGUGGUGGUGGAUGGUGUGCCUGUCAUGCUCCCGUCCUACGAUGAGGCUGUGAGCGGUGGCUUGAGUGCCUUAGGCCCCGGGUACCUGGCCUCCGUGGGCCAGGGCUGCCCCUUACCCGUGGAUGACCAGAGCCCCCCAGCCUACCCUGGCUCAGGGGACACAGACACAGGCCCGGGGGAGUCAGAAACCUGUGACAGCGUCUCAGGCUCCGAAGAGCUGCUCCAGAGUCUCUAUUCACCUCCCACAUGCCAAGGGGGCAGUCGCUCCACUUCCGACAGCCCUGACACAAUCCCCAGCAUGGCGGGGGAGGUGGCAUCCACCAGCCCAGGCAUCGACAUUGCAGACGAGAUCCCUCUAAUGGAAGAAGACCCGUAACCGGGCAAAAUCUUGAUGAUUCUGCUGCCCCUUUGGGGAUGGGAGCCUUGUACCUUGGAGUGAGGCGUCCAAAGGACAGAGCGUGGGGGGGAUGGGGACGUUUGCGAAUUUAUCGAUAAUGGGGACAGUGACUCACAUGGUACAUCUUGGACUCAACAGCGAGGCUGACAGACGGCGGUGGCAGUGCUUUUAAAUGAGACCUGAGGAUUUGCCAAGACCCAUGGGGAACAAAAGGACGAGGGGAAACCCUGUGUGGUCCUGGAUGAAGGUGUUAAGUGUGUCCCGUGCUACAGAACAUGGGACAGACAGUUCCACGCAUAUCCCACCGAAUCCCACAUCCCUUUGACUUAUGAGUGCUACCUGCCUCCUCUGAAAGCAUGUCACAUUAUGUAAAUUGCUUCUCAAAUCCGCUUCAAACUGUGUCUGGACACCAAAUUUGGAUGGCUCAGCCUCUGCGGGAAGUCUGUGCUGAGCAGCAGAGCGCCCCCUGCAGGCUCCCAGAGUGAAGGUUCUCGUGUGUCCCUUGGUCUGGACAACUCUGCUCAAAGCAAGACCAAAGCGGGAUUUGGCGGUUCCAGUGAGAAAGGAAAGGAAGGACUCGGUCAGACUCUGCUUUCUGGAAAUUUCUUCAACAAGGAGAGUUCCUGUCCUCUGUGCUGUCCUUUGGUGAAAUAUCGUAUUUGUAUUCAUGGUCUAGCACAUGGACCCAUGGCUUUGGAUAAGUCUUAUGACUUUACAGAUGGUCAGACUGUGCUCAAAUACAUCCCAUGGUGGAGAAGUAACGAAGGUAACAUUUUGUUCUGGCAUUUUUAAAAGAUUCCACGUGACAAUUUAUCUGAGUCAUGAGCCCCCACCCGGGUAACCCUUUGGGUUGUUGGCCCCGCUCCAAACUCAGCCAUCUUUAAUUUUCCAAAUGAGAAAUUGUUUCUGAAAACACAUUCCUCCUCCAAAAAAAGUAUAAGAUUGGA